GCCAGGCGGCGCCCGGAAGAGAGCAGAGAGAAGAGGAGAGGGCUGGCGGGAUGCGCGGGGCCCUGCGCACCCGGAGCGCCACUGUGGGAGGGCCCGGCGGGGCAUCGGCGCCCCUGCCUCCUCCCUCUGCUCUCCUUCCCUAGUCCCCUUUUCCCCCCACGGGGAGAGCGGGCUGAAGCUCCUCACUCUCCAGUGCGCACACGUAGGAAGAACUGGGAACAACCGCAACUGUGCAAAACCCGAACUGCAAAGAAAGCGAGGGGGCAGCUGCCGGGGACCCCCCCUCCCCUCUUCUCGCACCCUUCUCCUUUCUCGGAGCUUUCACGCAGCAUUUGGGGGUUGAAGGACUAGAGUGGGAGGACCGGGCCUCUUGUGAUGAAGUGCGCAUUUUGGUGAAGUCGACCAGAAAGGCUUUUUGCCUUACCGCGUAAGCACUGGAGCAGAGAGAACACGGUGGACCCAAGUUUUAUUUCCCACCCAGCUUUUAUCGAAGCUUUUUUUUUUUUCUUUCCCUCCCUCUGACCGCGUAUUUUGGUGGUUGUUGUUUUGAAUCCUCAAAACAAGCUUCCUGGAAACACUUCUUGUGACACCCCCGCUACCCCCCCCCCUCCGCCAGCACUUUAAUAUAGUCCUUAUUGUAGAUUAAAGUUUUUUUUUUUUCCUCUCCUUUGGAGCAAACGUAUUUUAAGAUUUUGCCCAGUUAUUGCCAGCGGUCUAAGGACAGUAAUUACCAAGGAUGCACCUCCUCUUUUGCAAAGUAUUUUGCUGUUUAUAAACGCGUACCUCCUUUGUAAAAGCCGAGGGAAGAAUAGGAAUUUUUGUGACCAUAUACCGCCCGGCAAGCUUCAUAUCUGCAGAUUCCUCUGCGAACUUUUGGUUCAGCUCAACUACUGUUUAGUAACGUUAAUUCCGUAGAGUUCACUUCAUGCAAUGAAACUGUGGUCAUCCCUUGCAUCGUCCGUAAUGUGGAGGCACAAAGCACCGAAGAAAUGUUUGUGAAGUGGAAGUUGAACAAAUGGUAUAUUUUCAUCUAUGAUGGAAAUAAAAAUAGCUCUACUACAGAUCAAAACUUCACCAGUGCAAAAAUCUCAGUCUCAGACUUACUCAGAGGCAUUGCCUCUUUGAAAAUGGAUAUGCGUGAGGCCGUGGUGGGAAACUACACUUGCGAAGUGACAGAGUUAUCCAGAGAAGGCAAAACAGUUAUAGAGCUGAAAAACCGCACGGCCGUCAACACUGACCAAGGAUCAGCCUGUUCUUACCCCACUACCCCGGCAGGGGACGAGGAGGAGAAAGGAGGUUGCAAAUUAGUUUCGUGGUUUUCUCCAAAUGAAAAGAUCCUCAUUGUUAUUUUCCCAAUUUUGGCUAUACUCCUGUUCUGGGGAAAGUUUGGUAUUUUAACACUCAAAUAUAAAUCCAGCCAUACGAAUAAGAGAAUCAUUCUGCUGCUCGUCGCCGGGCUGGUGCUCACAGUCAUCGUGGUUGUUGGAGCCAUCCUUCUCAUCCCAGGAGAAAAGCCUGUGAAGAAUGCGUCUGGACUUGGCCUCAUUGUAAUCUCUACGGGAAUAUUAAUACUACUUCAGUACAAUGUGUUUAUGACAGCUUUUGGAAUGACCUCUUUCACCAUUGCCAUAUUGAUCACUCAAGUGCUGGGCUACGUCCUUGCUGUGGUCGGGCUGUGUCUCUGCAUCAUGGCUUGUGAACCAGUGCACGGCCCUCUUUUGAUUUCAGGUUUGGGUAUCAUAGCUCUAGCAGAAUUACUUGGAUUAGUUUAUAUGAAGUUUGUCGCUUCCAACCAGAGGACUAUACAACCUCCUAGGAAAGCGGUAGAGGAACCCCUUAACGCUUUUAAAGAGUCAAAAGGAAUGAUGAAUGACGGAACUUAGUCCCAACCUCAUGAGAAAGGAUUAAAGAGAAAGAGACUUCUUUAUUCACCCCAGCUUUUCCCUCUUUUCUGAACUCCAGAUCAACAGCAAAUACAUGUUUCCUGAAUAUGACCUACGCAUGUGCUUAUUAAUUCUUCCCAAAGAAGUCUGUAAUUUUCCUCCUUAAUAUAGACAUACAUUCUUUAACCGUAAUAGGCUAUGAUUCUCCAGCCCCAUUGGCAUUUAGUAACUCCAUUUGUAUUUAUAUUCUAUUUUCAAAAACAUCUUCAUGCCGUCAGUACUUGCAACCCAUCCUUUUCUCGUGUAGGCUCUGCUUUGUAUUUUACUGCUGUAAAGCCUGUGACCUGCCUGCUCACCUCCCUAGCAAAGAAUUGCAGGUAGCAGAGGAGGCCUUCUUCCCCAGAGCACAAUUAACUUCUGCAUAGGAUUAAAAACACUUCGAUCAUGUGUUGGCUGAGCUAAAUUUAAAACAGGCUCUGGCUUGACGGGAAGUCCAGAAUGGUCCCAUGGUUACAGGCUUUUGUCGUAGCUUUUAAAUGUGUGUUUUGCUACACAAGCUGCUGCUACCUAAAAAUAUUGUUGUAGUGGGAACAAAUGUACACCAUGCCAGGA